AUGGACACCCCCACAAUCUACACCCUAGCCUCGACCGCCUGGCUUAGCCUACAAGCACUCCCGCUCCUCUUCACUCCCAAGCUCAUUAUCACUCUCCUGGCCGAGACCGACGCCCACGUCGCGACCAUUACAGAGAUCUACUUCGCCCGCCUUCUCGCCAUUGCGCAACUCAGCAUCAUCGUGUUCUCCCUCCUGCCGCCAGCCGCAUCGUCAGGGACCUCACCACAACAACAACAGCAGCCGCCGUAUGCUCUGACAUUCACGCAUGUUGCGAGUUUCGUUUAUAUCUACGCCCACUACACUACAUUAACAAGUGCCCUCGGCUCCUCCACUCCUAACACGACAGGCCUCCUCCUCGGCCUCCUCGGCAACGGCAUCCUCUCAAGCAUGGGCAUCUUCAUGACCGUCUUUUCCGGCACUGCAGCACAUGUGUCAAAGAGGACGGGCGCGGACAAGCGGACUAGUGGGUGGCCUUUUGGAAACGUCAAUGCAUACAAUCCCAAGAAAGACAGGGCGACGGUGGCAAGCAGAGCUGAGCCAAAGUUUAGAUCGAGCAACGCCUUGAUGUAG